AUGCUCUCCUUGCAACAAUCUUCUCAAUUAUUUUUGAUGAAGCUGUUUUUGAUUCAGUGUAAAAAUGGUCGAUAUGGAAAUCUUUUAGAAGCAAUUAGACGUAGUAAUGACAUGUUCGUAGAUUUUUUGUUGGAAAUGGAUGUGAAGAAUAAUGGAGAUUUUGAUCGAUUCUGUGGAUAUUAUAACAUUAUUAUGUCUGGAGUUCAAGAAGCCAACCGUCACUUGCGUAUUCCACAAUUAACUCCCUGGAAUGAAUUCGAUGGAAAUAGUCUACCUUAA